AGAAACACAAAGUUCAAAAAAUAUAUUGUUGUUUUGGAUUAGCCUGUGGCUUGUUUGUUUUUGUGUAAAUUUUUAAAUAAAAUGGACAAAUAUAUGAUUUUUGCAUUUCUGUUUUUCGGAAACUUUUCGUUGUAUAAAGCAAUUGAAAUUCCAGAACAUCUUAAAGCACACGCUAAGAGAUUGCAUGAUAAAUGUCAAAAAGAAAUUGGAGUUGAUGAGGAACUAAUUGCUCAAAGUAGAAAUGGAAACUUGCCAAAUGAUAGAAAAUUAGAGUGUUACAUUCACUGUUUGUUCCAAAAAACUGGAUUGAUUGAUGAAAACAACAUUAUUCACUUGGAGCAUAUGAUUGAAAUUCUUCCAACAGAAAUGCAGGAAAUCAUUGAGAGAUUAAUUGACUCAUGUGGGACGAAACAUGGCGCAGAUCCAUGUGAAACAGCAUAUUUAACUGUGAAAUGUUAUUUCGAUGCUGACCCUGAGAAUGCGAUUUUAAUUUAAAAUAAUUCAUCUAUAGAAAAAUCUAAAUUUAUAACUUACCUAUAAAGAACAUUAUCCGACCGAAGUAACAUCAAGGAACGGAAAACUCGCAAUGAUUCUAUUUGAACUAAUAUUAAAUUUUGCUACAUUAAAAAAUAAAUAAAUAAUACAAAAUUAACAACAUA